ACGAUUUGCUGUAGAAUUAUUAACCGGAAUUUACUUUGUUGUUCCAUCAACUUGAUAAGACAUUUCUGUAUCGUUUCUUCGAAUUGAGUCAAAAUGGGCAAAGAAAAGGGGGGUUUUCUUACACCCAAAGCUAUUGCUAAUCGAAUUAAGGCAAAGGGUCUGCAGAAAUUGCGGUGGUAUUGUCAGAUGUGUCAAAAACAAUGCAGAGACGAGAAUGGAUUUAAAUGUCACAUGAUGUCAGAAUCUCAUCAGAGACAGCUGCUACUAUUUGCCGAAAACCCAGAUAAAUACAUUGACGACUUCUCAAAAGAAUUUAUGGACGAUUACCUUGAGCUUUUGAGGAGAAGGUUUGGCACUAAGAGGGUCCACUGUAACAUCGUGUAUCAGGAAUACAUCUCUUUUCGAGAACAUGUCCACAUGAAUUCAACCCAAUGGGAGUCACUUACAGAAUUUGUUAAAUGGCUUGGCAGAGAAGGAAAGUGUGUAGUGGACCAUACAGAGAAAGGUUGGUUUAUACAGUACAUAGACCGUGACCCAGAAACAAUAAAGAAACAGGAACAGACGAAAGCGAAGGAGAAAAUGGACAUGGACGAUGAAGAGAGAACAGCCAUCUUUAUACAGAAACAGAUCGAGCGUGCGGCUGAACAGGGAACAUCGGCGAAGGAAACGGAGUACACCGAGUUAAAGAGGGAAAAUGAAGAUGAAAAAGUAUCUUUGAGUUUUUCUGGAUUGAAGACCAAGAAAAAAGAAGAAGCACCUGUUUUAAACUCGGACAAUCCUCUCAAUUCUAAGAAAACCGUGGAGCCAGAGAAACCCAAAAAGAGGGAAAGCAGGUGGGAGAAAGAGGAACCCCAAAAGGAGACGAAAAAAGACCCCUUUAAACCUCCCAAGCCCGGAGAGAAACGCAAAUCUGCACUAGAUGAGAUCAUGGAGUUUGAAGAGAAAAAGAAAGAGAAAACAAAUAGAAAAGAUUACUGGCUGACUGAGGGCAUUGUUGUCAAAAUCAUCACGAAGAAACUGGGAGAAAAAUACCACAAGAAAAAGGCUGUGGUCAAGGAGGUGCAAGACUUGUACAGGGCUGUGAUCAAAACAUUAGACUCAGGGGACAAAAUCAAAGUGGACCAAAAUCACCUAGAAACAGUUGUGCCUGCGCGAGGGAAGCUGGUGAAGAUUGUAAAUGGUGCCUACCGUGGCCACAAUGCCGUUCUGGAUUCGAUAGACGAGAAAAAAUUCUGUUGUACUGUGUCCAUACAUUCUGGUCCCUUAAAUGGUCGAGUUAUAGACAAUGUUGAGUACGAAGACAUCAGCAAACUUUAUCAACCGACGUGAAUGUGCAGUGUAUGACCGUGGUAACGUUGCAAUGGUGAAGAAAGAUUGGAGUGCAAUGGCGCGGGACAUCAUCGUGUUAGAAACAUGAAAUAUUCCCGGACCGCGAAAUCGAAAUCAGGAACCUUUACUUACAACACAUGAUACACUGUACUUGUAUAUUUGAUAAAAUCGUUCUUUUGAUGCAAAUUCAUAAAGACUUUUUUAACGAAUUAUGUUACACCGUGCGUGUAUAUUUCAUGAAAUUGUUCUGAUGCACUUUUAGGAAAAAGACUGUUUUAAAAUGUGUUUAAAAAAUUGCAUUUUAUUGUAUUUUAUGCAUUAAAAAAUCACAUUUUUAUUGUACCUUAAAACUCCAAGUUUGAGUGGACAACAGCAUAUAUUUUGUAUAUAAUACCCAAAAACUGAUAAUGAAGUCUUAAAACAUU